ACCGGAGUUUGCUCCGACCUCCUCUGCUGACCUUCCAGGAAGGAGACCCCCACUCCCUCCGAUUGGGACUGUCCCGCUGUUCCUGCCAUGAAGCCGACAGGGCCCCUGCAUGUGAAGACGCCCCUCCGGGACAGCAUGACCUUGUCCAAGCUGGCGGGGACCAGCGUGUACCUAAAGAUGGACAACUCGCAGCCCUCCGGCUCCUUCAAGAUCCGCGGUAUCGGACACUUGUGCAAGACGUGGGCCGAGCGGGGCUGCAAGCACUUCGUCUGCUCCUCGGCGGGCAACGCGGGUCUGGCCACCGCCUACGCAGCCCGGAAGCUGGGCGUGCCGGCCACCAUCGUCGUGCCCAACACCACACCCUCCCUGACCAUCCAGCGCCUGAAGGAUGAAGGGGCAGUGGUCCAGGUAGUGGGAGAGAUGCUGGACGAGGCCAUUGACCAGGCCAAAGCGUUGGCGAACAACAAUCCGGGCUGGGUCUACAUUCCGCCCUUCGACGACCCGCUCAUCUGGGAAGGCCACACGUCCAUCGUGCAGGAGCUGAAGGAGAGUAUGAGCGCCAAGCCCGGCGCCAUCGUGCUGUCGGUGGGCGGCGGGGGCCUGCUGUGUGGCGUGGUGCAGGGGCUGUGCCAGGUGGGCUGGGGCGAUGUGCCCAUCGUCGCCAUGGAGACGCACGGGGCACACAGCCUCCACGCAGCCCUGGCCGCCGGCAAGCUGGUCACUCUGCCGCAGAUCACCAGCGUGGCCAAGGCCCUGGGGGUGAACACUGUGGGAGCCCAGGCCCUGAAGCUGGCGUUGGAACAUCCGGUCAUCUCCGAAGUCGUCACAGACCAAGAAGCCGUCCUCGCCCUUGAGCAGUUCGUGGAUGACGAGAAGAUCCUGGUGGAGCCGGCCUGCGGGGCCGCUCUGGCAGCGGUGUACAGCCGGGUGCUGCAGAAGCUGCAGGCGCAGGGCAAGCUCCGGGCACCGCUGCCAUCCGUCGUGCUCAUCGUCUGCGGAGGAUGCAACAUCAGCCUGGCCCAGCUGAGGAGCCUGCGGCAGCAGCUCGGCCUAAAUCGAGCCGGCCAUGAGGCCUGAGCCCGGCCUCCUGCCCACCCUCCACCCUUGGGGACAGGUGCCAACCCAACACGGGACCACAGACCCCCUAUUCAUCCCACUGGCCGAGGCGGAUGGUCCCGGUGGGGGGAG